AGGUAAAUACCCGUACAGUUAUUAGACAAGGAGAGAGAGAGAAAGAGAAAGAGAAGUGCACAGCUCCUCCGGCCAGCAGUGCAUCUAGUCCGACGCCGUUCGCAACGAGGAUAACCUUCACUAGUCACCGGCAACAAACCCAGAUACACGCCCUCUGAUCCCUCAUCAAGUCCUGUAAUCGCUGCCAUUGCUCGAGGAUCGCAACCCCAAUCGUCGCUCACCCUGAUCCCAUUUUGUCCUCCGAUUUACCGUCCGGACUCCAAGAAGAUUUGAUUACCGUUGUAUUGUAAAGUGUCGAUAAUAUGUCGGGUCAAAGCCAACGCCUGACUGUGGUUCCAACUGUAACAAUGCUUGGAGUUAUGAAAGCUCGUCUUGUUGGUGCUACAAGAGGCCAUGCACUUUUGAAGAAGAAGAGUGAUGCUCUUACUGUACAGUUCCGUGCCAUGCUAAAAAAGAUAGUCUCUGCCAAAGAAUCAAUGGGGGACAUAAUGAAAACAUCAGCCUUUUCCCUAACUGAGGCAAAAUAUGUAGCGGGAGACAACGUGAAGCAUGUUGUACUGGAAAAUGUCCAGACGGCGACACUCAAAGUCCGUUCCUAUCAAGAGAACAUCGCUGGUGUGAAGCUUCCAAAGUUCGAAUAUUUCACCGAGGGAGAAACGAAGAACGACCUGACUGGAUUGGCGAGAGGCGGUCAACAGGUGCAAGCUUGUAAGGCUGCUUAUGUUAAGGCAAUUGAGGUUCUGGUAGAGCUUGCUUCUCUACAGACAUCGUUCUUGACUCUGGACGAGGCAAUUAAGACAACAAACCGUAGGGUUAAUGCGUUGGAGAAUGUGGUGAAGCCGAGGCUGGAGAAUACUAUUACUUAUAUCAAGGGAGAGUUGGAUGAGUUGGAAAGAGAGGAUUUCUUUAGGUUGAAGAAGAUUCAAGGGUACAAGAAAAGAGAGAUCGAGAUGAAGAUGGCAGCUUCUAGGUUGAAUGCUGGGGCUGUGGAAGUGACUCUGAAAAGAGGUCUUUCUAUCAAUUCAACCAACAUGUUAACUGCAGGUAUGCAGAAAGACGAUGACAUUAUUUUUUAGAAAUUUGAGUUUGUUUGUUUGUUCUUUCCUUCUUGAAAUAUGCACUUUUGGGGCUACUGUCUAUUUAUUUGUAUUUGGUCUUAUUAAAGUAACUUGGGUCUUUUAAAUGAAUUUUAAUUCAUGCUAUAAAUAAGAGUUUGUCUGUUCGAACCCUACUUUUGUAAUAGUGACUCAAACUAUUGAUUUGUGUUGAUUGAAUAAUAAUAAUGUGCCCUGUUUGUUUAUUUGGA